ACGGCGCCUGCACUCCUGCCCAGCGGGGGCGGGGACUCGUGUCCGCGAGAGCAGGAGCAGGGGUGUGGACGCCCCCAAGGCGGGGCCAGAUCCGGAAGCUGACGGGUUGUUGUCGGGGUCUGAAGACGGAGCCCCUCUCUCUGCUGAACCUGACUGCGAAGAUGGAGGAGGCUCAGCGGGAGCUCUUCCAGCGGCACCGGCUGCGCCUGGUGAAGGAGCUGCAGGUGGAGCCGCUGUGGGAUCUGAUGCUGGACCGGGAGCUGUUCACUCGCGACAUGAUUGAAGACAUCCAGAGUGCUGGUACUCGCAGAGAUCAGGCUAGACAGUUGAUCACAGAUCUUCAGACUAGAGGGAAGCAAGCACUUCCCAUCUUCAUUUCUUGCCUGGAAGACACUGACCAAUGGGCUCUAGCAGCUCUCCUCCGUGAAGGUAACACAACCCAGCAACUGGAAACUGUUGACAUCGAACCAGUUGAGAUGAACAGAUCUGAGGGAGCAAGUGGCACACAGGAGAAGCUUCCCAUAAAAUCAGUGGAACCAGGCUCUCCCAGCAAGAAAGAAGAACAAAAAGAACAAGGAACAUCAUCCUUGGGUGUCGGAGAGGGUGCUGUGGGGCCUCCACAGGCCAGAGGUGGGAGAAAUCCUGCUCUGGUUGGACAGGUGUAUCCUCUGACCUCAGACCCAUGUGGCUACUGCCUCAUCAUCAACAAUGUGGACUUCAGUGCUGCUUCAGGCCUUUCUGUCCGAACAGGCUCCAACAUUGACUGUGAAAAGAUGCAGAAACGCUUCCAAGCACUGCAUUUUGCUGUGGAGGUCGAGUGGAAUCUGACUGCAAAGGCGAUGGGAACAACCUUGCAGCACCUGGCCCAGAGGGACCACAGCGCCCUGGACUGCUGCGUGGUGGUCAUUCUGUCUCAUGGGCGUCAGGCCAGUCACAUCCAGUUUCCUGGAGCCAUCUGCGGCACGGACGGAGGCUCCAUUUCAGUCGAGAAGAUUGUGAACUUCUUCAGUGGAUCCAGAUGCCCCAGCCUGGGAGGGAAACCCAAGCUUUUCUUUAUCCAGGCCUGUGGCGGCGAUCAGAAAGACCAUGGAUUUCAGGUGUGUUUCAAUACUAUUGAGGACAACUUCUUUAUUGAGGCAGACGCCACCCCUUUUCAGACCAACUUUGAUCAACCAGAUGCUGUGGCCAACUUACCGACCCCGAGUGACAUCUUGGUGUCCUAUUCCACAUUUCCUGGGUUCGUCUCCUGGAGGGAUAAGAAGAUUGGUUCAUGGUACAUAGAAACCCUGGAUAGAAUCUUGGGGGAAUGGGCAGAUACUGAAGACUUACUGAGUAUCCUUCUCAUGGUGUCUAAUGCCGUAUCCUCCAAAGGGAUAUUCAAACAGAUUCCUGGUUGUUUUAAUUUCCUCCGGAAGAGAUUUUUCUUUAAAACCAAGUAAGAGGGGCAGCUAGUUGGUGCAGUGGAUAGAGUGCCGGCCCUGAAGUCAGGAGGACCUGAAUUCAAAUUCGGCCUCAGCCACUUAGCACUUCCUAGCUGUGUGACCUUGGUUAUGUCACUUAACCCUAAUUGUUUCAGCAAGAAAAAAAAGAAAAAAAAAAACAAAAAAAUUUCAAAAAAAAAAAAAAAAAAACCCUAAGUGAGAAUGAGCCUGCUUUUCUUUCUCCCUACCUGGAAAUUCUCCUUUCUUUCUACCUGGAAACAGCUGCAGGUAAAGGCUCUGGGCUUUCCUGCCUAGGAAACCAUGUCCUCUGGUUUGCUACGAAUCCUGGAGCCGUUGGAGAUGAAGCUUCCGGGCCUUUGCCCCACCAACAGCAACAGGUUCAUUGAUGGCAAAGCUAGUGACUAACAGGAGUGGAGGAAGAACGGGGCCAUCUACAUUUCUGCCCAUCCUCCUGAGGCUGGCUAGCUUGAUGACUUGGUUUCUUUGAAAUUAUUGGUUGCAAUCACCUAAGGAAAUCUCAGCUCCUCAAGAAGUAAGAUGGGUGGCAAGAUCCAAGAAAAUGGAAAUUUCUAAUCUUGAAAAAGACUUUAGAAGUUGUUUGUUGUUUCUACUGUUUGUGAUUUUCAUAAAAAGAGUUCCUUUAUAAAUCCUGAUUCUUUAUUUAUUUUGCCAUUUGGACUAUUUGCUUUUUCCUCAGGCUUCUAUGGCCUGUGCUAAUUUUCACAAAGGCUUUUCCUCAUAUCUGUUAUCAAGCUGAAUGUUCAUCCCCAUUUAACAUAUGAGACAAUGAAAACCCAGAGAAAUGAAGUGGCUUGGACUUUUUAUGGUUGCCAAAAUGUUUUCACAUAAAUUGUCUUAUAUUUCUUACCACAAGACUGUGAGAGGGGAAUGUAAAGGAUUGUCUUUUUCAUUUGAUAAAGAGAGAAAUGCAAAAUGGGGAAAAGAUCACAGAAUGAAGAGGAGCAGGCAUAAAACUCAGCUUUUCAUUUUCCGCCUCAGUUCUUUUGUACAACCUGUGCCUGACCUGAAGCCUGCAGAUCUCUUGAUCAAGGCUGUGUCAGGAGGCCUUGAUGGAUUUGAAGACCUCAUGGGUGGGGGUGUCCAUAAGAUACAGAUACCUGCUCCUGGGUAGGCAUUGUCUGUAUAGGUAGAAGUCCAAGAGUAGAAAAAAAUAUAAUUACACCUAGAUCUGCAGAAAAAAAAAAGUGAAUUGGCCAAAAGAACUCCAAGAAUAGAAAAAAUAAAGAGCCAAAACAAGAGAUAAAAGAAUUAAGUAAAAUUAAGUUUGAAUAAGCUUAAAUAAAUUAAACUGGAAGAAAUAAUUUAAAAGAUGAAAAAAACUUACUGUAGUAGCAGAUAUACUUAAAAGAGAAUUGAGGGAAAAAAAUUAAAAAGUUUAGUUUGUUAAUUAAAGUUUAUUAAUUAAACAUGAAUGUAAGUCUAUUAAAAUUAAGUUUAUUUCUUAAUAACAGGAAUAUACAGAUAUAGCCAAAGGAUUGAAAAGUUGGUAUUCAUGAUGUUUCUACAUCAAAAACAGUUGAUCUGCAAAAAAUAAAAUAAAGACAAUUAAAGUAUUAUUGAACUCCUAGAAAAAACAUUACCAAACAGAAACUCUAGGUGUCAUAUUUCAAUAAAACAAUAAAAGAAAAAUACCCUGAAUUAUUAGAUCCUGAGCGCAAAAUGAAAAUUGAAGUUAUCCACAGGUCACUAUCUGAAAGAAAUUCCAAAUUUGACACGUCUGGAAAUGUGAUAGCAAACUUUCAAAGUUUUUAGGUCAGAGAGGAAAAAAACUGCAAGGAAGAAAGCAAUCAAAUACUAAGGAACCAGUCAUGUUCAAACAAAAUUAUGUGUAUAGAAAAGGAAAGCUUGUAAUAUAAUACACCAAAAGGUAAAAGUUGUGCCUUUGGAUGUAGUACCUGCUUAUCUUUGCCUUUCAGAAUCCCUGUUCUACUUCAAGGCUCAGUUUAUGUGUUACUCCUUCUGUGAUCUCUUGAUAUCUAUCAGUUGGUAUUGCUGUCUCCUUCCUUACAUUUUCCUACAGCAUAUGCUUAUUUGUGAUUUUUCUCUUGUGCUUUACUUUUGUAAGUGUCAUUUAUUAGCUAUUGUGUUCUAUAGCUCAAAAGUGUUGGAGUGUUGGAAAUAAAAGUUAGAACUCUUGA